GACAGAAUGCUUGUCCAGGUAUACCUGUACUUCUAUUGCAAAUGCUUAUGGCGCUGCCUGAAAUUUGUGGCGCGGAAACUGACCGGACGCUGUGAACUGCAAAGGAUCUGCUAUAAUAUCAAGCCUGGAGCCGAAAGAACCUUGAAAAUUGAGACAUCAUUGAGGAAUUCAAAAAACAAGUUGCUCCAAAAUUCCAUUAGUGUUCAUCCAGAUGCAAUUGAAAAAACGGUAGAUGCCAUCAUAGACUUGAAAAAGAUUAAUCCAGAUGUAAAUCCACAGCUUAGUGUAUCUCUGCAGGCCUGCCUUUUGCAGAUUGUCGGCUACAGAAAUCUGAUUGCAGAGGUGGAAAAGCUGCGUCGAGAGCCGUAUGACUCUGAAGAGGGUCAGCAUGAAGAAAUGCUUCUGAAGCUGUGGAAAUGCUUGAAACCUGAUUCUCCUUUGGAAGCUCGGAUUUCCAAGCAGUGGUGUGAAAUUGGUUUCCAAGGUGAUGAUCCUAAAACAGAUUUUAGAGGAAUGGGGCUCCUGGGGUUGUAUAACUUGCUAUACUUUGCUGAGCAUGAUGGACCUGCAGCUCAGCAAAUUCUCUUAGACUCUCUGCAGCCCAGAUAUAGGGAAAUCACUAAAGAGGAAAUAAGCAAAUAUAGCAAGACUGAGUGGGAGAAGAAAAAGUUUGAUAAAGCUAUUGGAUAUUCCUUUGCUAUUGUUGGCAUCAACAUAACAGAACUUGCAUACAACCUGCUCGUGAGCGGUGCUCUGAAGACACAUUUCUACAAUGUUGCUCCAGAAGCGCCAACGUUACCCCAUUUCCAGCAAACAUUUUGCUACUUGAUGCAUGAAUUUCAUAAAUUCUGGAUUGAAGAGGAUCCCCUGGACAUAAUGGAGUUCAACCGGGUGCGAGAGAAAUUCCACAAACGGAUUAUCAGGCAGCUGCAGAAUCCAAAUAUGGCGUUAUGCCCUCACUUCGCUGCCUCGGAAAGCUUGAUCAACCUGUAG